GAGAUGAGCAACAUCCUGCUGCAGGUGUCCGAACGGGACACGCGGAUGUUGCGGAGUCUGGCGCAGUUGUCGAAAAACGAGGUUCCCCAGCAAAGAGAGUCUAAAUCCAAUCAGUCACUGCAGAUGAAAGCUGUCGGCCUGACUGAGAAACUGAAUCCAAUCCCCCCUGCGGAGCCCACAAGCAGGUACUACUGUUGCUCUGUGCUUCCAAGAAACCUAACUCUCCAGCUCUCUCCGUACAAGCUGUGCUACUUGUGCAUGCAGCGGACUCUGAGGAAUGUUCUAGAGAACAGACGAGAGCAACGAGACGCAGAGGAGAAAGCUUGUGGAAACCUUUUACUGCUUAAAGAACAACUGAGAGAUGAGCAGGAGAUGGAGCAAGAGCUAGCAAAGCUAACUGAGCGGCGUGAGCAGGCAAAGAAGGUGGCUGCGUUCAACUUGCACAUGUCAAGGCGGGAGAAGAGCUCCUGUUUCAACUGUCCUAGAUCAUUCGUCUUCCCGGCUCGACCAGUCACUCCCCCGAAGAGGAUACGGCAGCAUCGUUACAGGCGUGAUCUACGGAGCCAGAUGGAAAGGAGACAGCAACUCGUGGCUCAGGACCAGCAGUACCGCCUUCUUACAGAGCGACUUGACCAGAUGCAGCUGAUGGAGGAGAUAGCUUUGCAGAGGGCUCAGCGGCUCCAGAAGAAACUGGAGAAAACCGAGCAUUACAGGAAGGCUCUGGACGCUCAGGUGGAGGGCAAGAUGUUCACAUCGUGUCCCGAGUGUCCGCCUGACAAACCAAGACUAAAUCGCUGCGAAACAGCAAUUAGGAGGGCAGAGAACUGAAAGAGAGCACAAAAGCUCUUUCAGGCGAACUUCAGUGUUGCCACUCAGAGGGAGGAGAUCCAACUACACUUUUUCUUUUUCUAACUACAGCUGGAAAAAGAAAAGGAAAUGCUAAAACACACUAAGAUGGAGUUAAUGCAGGACAACACCAAUCAUUUCGAAAAGAAGCAUGCCUUCCGAAAAUCACUGGAGGACGACUGGAGUCGAAGUGUUGAGCUCAAACACAAGCGAGAGGAAGAGGAGAGGCGCUUCCUGAGAUCUGCUGGAAAACUGCUGGUAGACAAGCUCAAAGGAUGCCAACGCUGUUGGAGGUGUAAAAGGAGGACCACCAACUGCGGAGAAACCAACAUAUGGAAGGACUCGUGUUGCCCCUCAGGUUCACAGUUUAUGAUCUGAAGCAGAAUGACGUUACGAGGAAAACGCUAACAAAUUGAACAAGUCGCUGCUGCAUUGCAGCCCAAUGAAAUAUACACUAUUUUAAUUGUUCUUGAUCACUCUUUCACAAUUAUAAUGCGCAAUUCGCAGCUGCUCUGUGUGUUUUAUUUUUUUUUUAGUCGUUUUAAACUCUGGAAACUUUUUUCAGAGAUCCAUAAUAAGUGUUUCUACAGAAUAAGUUUUAAAUAGGAUUUGAUGAUUGUGAGCUUCAUUUCAUUGCUGUGCCUUUAUUAUCAUUAAAUUAAAGAAGCAAAUCUGCGAUGA